AGCCGAGUGCCUCUCUCAUCCCAGGCUGGGUUUCCCCUGCACCCUGCGCCCCCGGCUCGAGUCCCUCGCCUCGCUCCCCGCCCGGCCCCCGCCCCGCCCCAGCCUGCCCGCCCGCCAUGGAGCGCUGGCCUUGGCCGUCGGGCGGCGCCUGGCUGCUCGUGGCGGCCCGUGCGCUGCUGCAGCUGCUGCGCGCAGACCUACGUUUGGGCAGCCCGUUGCUGGCGGCACUGGCGCUGCUGGCCGCGCUCGACUGGCUGUGCCAGCGCCUGCUGCCCCCACCGGCUGCACUCGCCGUUCUGGCUGCCACCGGCUGGAUCACAUUGUCCCGCCUGGCGCGCCCGCCACGCCUGCCCGUGGCCACUCGCGCGGUGCUCAUCACCGGCUGUGACACUGGUUUUGGCAAGGAGACGGCUAAGAAAUUGGAUGCUAUGGGCUUCAUGGUGCUGGCCACCGUAUUAGACCUGAAUAGCCUCGGUGCCCUAGAGCUGCGUGCCUGCUGUUCACCUCGCCUAAAGCUGCUGCAGAUGGACCUGACCAAGCCAGAGGACAUUAGCCAUGCUCUGGAGUUCACCAAGGCCCACACCACCAGCACUGGCCUGUGGGGCUUGGUCAACAAUGCAGGCUUUAACGACAUAGUGGCUGAUGUGGAGCUGUCUCCAAUGGCCAAAUUCCGCAACUGCAUGGAGGUGAACUUCUUUGGUGCACUUGAGCUAACCAAGGGACUUCUGCCACUCCUGCGCCGCUCAAGGGGUCGUAUUGUGACAGUGGGCAGUCCAGCAGGAGACAUGCCAUAUCCGUGCUUGGCAGCCUAUGGAACCUCCAAGGCAGCCAUAGUGCUACUCAUGGACUUGUUUGGCUCUGAACUUCUUCCCUGGGGGAUCAAGGUCAGCGUCAUCCAGCCUGGCUGCUUUAAAACAGAGUCAGUGAUAAAUGUGAACCUCUGGGAACAACGCAAAAAACUGCUGCUGGCCAACCUGCCCCGAGAGUUGCUACAGGCCUAUGGUGAAGACUACAUUGAGCACUCGCACAAGCAAUUCCUGAAUUCACUCAGCAGGGCACUGCCUGACCUCAGCCCAGUUACAGAUGCUAUCACUGAUGCGCUUCUGGCAGCUCAGCCACGCCGCCGCUAUUACCCAGGCCGUGGCGUGGGGCUCAUGUACUUCAUCCACUACUACCUGCCAGAGAGCCUGCGGCGCCGUUUCCUGCAGACCUUCUUCAUUGGUCCCUGUGUGCCCCGAGCACUGCAGCCUGGCCAGCCUGGUCUUACUCUCGCUCAGGAUAUUACCCAGGACCCAAACCUGAACCCAGGCCCUUCCCCAGUGGUGGCUCGGUGAGCCAAGUGCACACAUAGCCUGCUGCUCCAGCAUAUGAGGCUCCAUGAGACUUUG